AUGUUCCGGCUCGUCGGUCUGAUUUUCCUCGUCUUGGGCGCUUCUGCUGCCGUCAUUGAGGAGGAGGAGAAUGUUAUCGUUCUCACUAAGGUAUGUUAUAUAAUUCAGGUUCUAUCAUUUAGGGAGAUUACAAUUAUUUAAAAAAAACAUAGUUUUCUGUAAAUAACGGAGAAAAUUAAGAAAAAAUGCAAUUUUUGCUUUCAGGAUAAUUUUGAUGAGGUGAUCAAUGGAAACGAGUUCAUUUUGGUCGAGUUCUAUGCUCCAUGGUGCGGACACUGCAAAUCGCUUGCCCCAGAAUACGCCAAGGCCGCCACUCAGCUCAAGGAGGAGGGAUCCGAGAUCAAGCUCGGAAAGCUCGACGCCACCGUCCACGGUGAGGUCUCCUCCAAGUUCGAGGUGCGCGGAUACCCAACCCUCAAGCUUUUCCGCAACGGAAAGCCACAAGAGUACAACGGAGGACGCGACCACGACUCGAUCAUCGCCUGGUUGAAGAAAAAGACCGGACCAGUCGCCAAGCCACUCGCUGACGCCGACGCCGUCAAAGAGCUCCAGGAGUCUGCCGAUGUUGUUGUUAUCGGAUACUUCAAGGUAAGAACAAAGAUGACGCCGCCCUUGACCGAUUUGCAUGGUCUGCGCUAUUCGGGUUGACCUCGCAUUAUAAUGGGACGCAUCGUCGUCCGGCGAGACAGUGCCCAUAUUGAGGAGAGCGGCGGUAUUCCUUACGCUGACGUGGCCUACGUAUGUCGGUCAUUCCGGACUUUGUUCUGGUGUUUGGCCUGUAGUGCUCUAGAUAAGAAGUGCUGCUGAGUUUAAUGCAAAGAUUAACUGUUUGCCUGAUUGCAAUUUUUGUUCUUUACAGGACACCGCUUCCGAUGACGCCAAGACCUUCCUCGAGGUUGCCGCCGGAAUCGAUGAUAUUCCAUUCGGAAUCUCCACUGAGGACGCCGUCAAGGGAGAGAUUGAGCUCAAGGGAGAGGGAAUCGUUCUCUUCAAGAAGUUCGAUGAUGGACGUGUUCUCUUCGACGAGAAGCUCACCCAGGACGGACUCAAGGCUUGGAUCCAGGCUAACCGCCUCGCGCUCGUCUCCGAGUUCACCCAGGAGACCGCCUCUGUCAUCUUCGGAGGAGAGAUCAAGUCUCACAACCUUCUCUUCGUCUCCAAGGAAUCUUCCGACUUCGCCAAGCUCGAGCAGGAGUUCAAGAACGCCGCAAAGCAGUUCAAGGGAAAGGUUCUCUUCGUCUACAUCAACACCGACGUUGACGAGAACGCCAGAAUCAUGGAGUUCUUCGGACUCAAGAAGGACGAGCUCCCAGCCAUCCGUCUCAUCUCUCUCGAGGAGGACAUGACCAAGUUCAAGCCAGACUUCGAGGAGAUCAGCACUGAGAACAUUGUCAAGUUCACCCAGUCGUACCUCGACGGAACCGUCAAGGCCCACCUUAUGUCCGAGGAGAUCCCAGAGGAUUGGGACAAGAACCCAGUCAAGGUUCUCGUCGGAAAGAACUUCGAGCAGGUCGCCCGCGACAACACCAAGAACGUCCUCGUUGAGUUCUACGCCCCAUGGUGCGGACACUGCAAGCAGCUCGCCCCAACCUGGGAUAAGCUCGGAGAGAAGUACGCCGGAGACGAGAGCAUCGUCAUCGCCAAGAUGGACUCCACCCUCAACGAGGUAACAUAAUGGCUCCCAAUAGCACAGAUGACUAACUUUUCACGUUUCAGGUCGAGGAUGUCAAGAUCCAAUCGUUCCCGACCAUCAAGUUCUUCCCAGCCGGAUCCAACAAGGUCAUCGACUACACCGGAGACCGCACCAUCGAAGGAUUCACCAAGUUCCUCGAGACCAAUGGAAAGGACGGAGCUGGAGCUUCGGACGAGGAGAAGGCUGAGGAGGAGGCCGAGGAAGAGGGUCAUACCGAGCUCUAA